AUGAUAAACAGUAGCAAUAGCACUAUCCAACAACAACAGCAGCAGCAGCAGCAAGGAGGAGCAGUGGGAAGAGGAAUGGUACUCACAAAUGAUACCUUUCUCAUGCGAAUAAAUGAAUUAGAGGUAGGUGUCUCUUAUUAUCAUAUCAUAUCACAAUAUAUAGGGAAUGAGAGUGUCGGUAGUAGUAAAAGAAGUAGUCAACUCUCUCUCUCUCUCUCUGUCUCACUCAACUGCAGACACUUCUUUGAGGAUAACAAAGACCUCUCUUCAUGUCUAUCAGACAUUUAUAACAGUUUGUCAAUUACCGAUAUUCAACCAACAACUGCAGAGUCAAACAACAAUAAUACUGUUGCCAACAAACACAUUAGAAGCAAGACGGAAAAGGCAUUACCAACUCCACCACCUAGACUUAACCAUAUUGGUAGCAACGGCCAUCCAACAACAACAAAUAAUAAUAAUAAUAAUAGUAAUAAUAGUGUGAUUAGUCCAAGAAGACCAACUUUGCUAACACGUAGCAAUUCAGAGACAUCUUUUGAAUCAAAGAUGGGAAAUAAUCAUAAUGGUAUGUCAGAUGACUUGUCUAGUAGUGGGAGUAGCAGCGCAACGACGCCACCCAAUGGAAAGAAUGGAAAUUGGUCGGCUGGAGCAGUCACACCAAAACAAAGAUCAGACUCGAUCGUUGUCGGUAUCAAUCCAAACAAGGAUCCAUUCCAAAGACUAAAUAAUUCAAGCUCUAGUGGCAGCAGCCUUCCAAGCAGUCCAAAUAGAAUCCUAAAUGGAAGUCCACAAAAUUCACGCGAGAACCUAAUGAGCCAUUCAUCGUCCUCUACACCCUCUAACCAAUCGCCACCCUAUUCUCCCGCCUCGCUGGCUUCAUCCACCAACUCGGUUGGUGCUUAUCCAUACAAUAGCGUUCCUGCCGGCAGCUCUGGCAGUGUAAAUUCAUCACCUCAAUUGCUCUCCACCUCACCGUCGGUUGAGCCAAUCUCCCUCUCUUCGUCCAUCACAUCUGCCGACGCCAUCAAGCGUCGUCCAGUACCCAUUCCAUCCAUUCCCAACCGUCGUCCACCAAGCCAAACCUCACCCACCACGCCAUCGGCACCAAUGGCACCAUUGCCCUUGGUCAGAACAGCAUCGGCCGCACCAAAACCAAUCUCUACCAGCCCAAGCAGCUCAUACGGCACACCCCCACCCAUCGUCCCAAGAACCAGCAUUUCAGCAUCAACCGAUUCCCUGUCCUCAUCGGCCGAGGACCUUCAAACAAACGCCAUCCUCGAAGAGCCAGAGGAAAACCCAGACGAUCCAAACCUAGUUCUCGUUAAAAAUGAAAACGGCAACUACUUGGUGCGUGGUGGCACCCUAGAAAAGUUGGUGUUGCGUCUUUCCUAUGACAAGUCGCACGACACUGACUUUGCCGCUGCCUUUUUGUUGACCUAUCGUUCAUUUACCACCCCGGCCGAUCUCAUGGAGAUGUUGAUCAAGAGUUACAACUCGAUUGGAGGUAGCUCAAUAGCCGAUGAAAAGAAGAGAAAGAUUACUCGUCUCCGUGUUGCCAACGUCGUCAAGAUGUGGUUGGGAGAGCAUUUCCACGAUUUCGAGGAGGAUAGUGUCCUUGUCCUCAAGUUGGACCAAUUCAUCAACAAUCAAAUUAUCCCCGAGAUGGAUGGCAUUGGCAAGAACCUCAAGAAACUUUUAUACCACGAAAAGGUUACACCCGUACCAACCUUUUCCUCUGCACCACCACCUAGCCUCGCACCAAAGGCAAAGGAUCCUUCGUUUAUAGACCUCGAUCCAAUGGAGGUUGCCCGUCAAAUGACCCUCAUCGAAUCGGAUCUCUACAGAAAGAUUGAUCCAAAGGAAUGUCUCAACCAAGGAUGGAACAAGACAGACAAGGAAGAACGCUCUCCCAACAUUAUGGCCUUUAUUCGUCGAUUCAACGCCGUAUCUAUUUGGGUGGCCACUGAAGUUGUCAGAGCCGAAAAGAUCAAAGAACGUGUCAGCAUUGUCAAACGUUUUAUCCUCGUUGCCCAAAAAUGCAGAGAAAUUGGCAACUUUAAUGGUUGCAUGGAAAUCCUUUCCGGACUCCAACAAACAUCAGUAUAUAGACUCAGCAAGACAUGGGAAAAGUUAGAAUCCAAGCCAUUGAUCAAGAAUGUCUAUGAUGAAUUACUAGACGUAAUGGUUAAGUCAAAGAAUCAUAAAGAAUAUCGUGCUGCCCUUCAUUCUUGUCAUCCACCUUGUAUUCCAUAUUUGGGAGUAUAUUUAACAGAUUUAACAUUUAUAGAGGAUGGUAUGAAGAAUACAUUAAAUGGUAGAGACGAAUUGAUCAACUUUGAAAAGCGUAGAAAGAUCUCGGUCGUCAUUCGUGAGAUUAAACAAUACCAACAAUCUCCAUACAACUUUUCGGUCGAAGAGGUUACCUGCCGAUACCUUAAAACCCUUCCAAGCUUUACUGAAAAGGCGUUAUACAAAGCAAGUUUAAGUUGCGAAGCAAAGGAAUCAAGAAAUGGAUCAACUGACGGCUCCACCUCUGGUGGCAGCGGUGGUGCAGGACCAUCUUUAAAAAAGGAAUUAUCUCAAUCCAUUUUAAAGUUUAAAGAUUAUUUAAAUAACAAUUAA